UAUUGGACAGACCCACAGGAAGAGAGAAAUGAACCAAAAUACAGGCCCGUCCUGAUAUAAAUCACCGAAUGCUUUAAAAAAAAAAUAUAUAUAUAUAACGUAAUGUUUACUGGUAUUUGGUCGUGCUGGGACAAUUAACGAUAGUAUUUGUGAUCUGUUGUCAAUAAUGGCCUAGGAUUAUAUCGUUAUACGGUCAUCACAGUAUUAUAAUCUUGAUGCUGCGGCAGAGAGCGACGACAUCCCCCCUCACGAACCAUUGAUUGCCGUCCAGGGGAAGGAAUUGUCCAGGCGGCUGGAACCCUCCGGGCGUAGAACAGGAGGCAUCUCUUCUAAACCGCGCGCCGUGGAACAUCAUGUCUGCUAUGAGGACAUUGACGGUGGCGGGACUGUUUUUGUCUUUUUGCGCCUUGGGGCUCAUAGCAGUCGCAAUAUGUACUGACAAUUGGUACGAGACGGAUGCGAGGAGACACAAGGAACGUUGUAAGAAUUAUUCCAACAAAAGGAACGACCCUGGAUUCAUCUAUAUCUCCAACCAGAAUCUCCCACUACGUAUGUUACCGAAGGAGAAUAACGUGGAGAGGAAGGGGUCGAGUGGGGGAGUUCUCCUGCGGGCUAAGCGGCACUUUUUGCCCCCUGCCCCGGCCAUGGAGUCUCUCUGCAGUCGGCAGUACAACUCCACCAUCUCCGGGCUGUGGAGGAAAUGCCAUCGAGAGGGAUUCGACCUGGAGACCGAGGAUCUUAUCUUUAAAGGGUUGGUUCAGCGCUGCACACCAAUCAAAUACUACUACUCUUCUUUAGCCCUCCCCAGACAUCUGAGCAUCAAUAUAACCAAGACUAUUGGUCAGGAUGAGUGGCAUGCACUCCACCUGCAGAGAAUGACAGCCAGCUUCAUCGGCAUGGCGGUGUCCAUCAUCCUGUUCGGCUGGGUGAUCGGAGCUCUGGGCUGCUGUCAGCAGCAUGACCUGAUGCAGUACGUAGCUGGACUCCUGUUUCUCAUGGGAGGAACGUGCUGUAUCAUCUCUCUGUGUACAUGUGUAUCAGGGAUCAACUUCCAACUGUCCCGUUAUCCUCGCUACAUGUAUGGGAUCCCAGAGGACAUCAGUCACGGAUACGGUUGGUCCAUGUUCUGCGCAUGGGGGGGCCUAGGUCUCACCCUAUUGGCCGGCUUCCUGUGCACCCUGGCUCCUUCCCUAUACCCCCCCGUCCCUCACACUAUGGUAGAGAGGCUGCAACGCAAGCCCCGACAUGAGAACGGCUGUGUGUGACCCCAUAGAAAUCAACUACUAUUUGAGUUGAAUACAGGAGUUUGUGUGUGACAUUCAGUGUCUUACAGAAUUUCCAGUGACUCUCAUUCCUCUUAAGUCUUGUUUCUUCUAUGAAAAAGAGAUGCUUCUCUGUUUGGACAGGAGACGUUCCCCAGGGACUAAGAACUAAGAUCUGUCAGUGUUGUGUGUCUGACUGCACAAAGAAAGAAACAGACAGAAAGACAUUGGCUCUGGUUCUCCAGCUGGAGGGGGUCGGAUGGUGACUGUUUACUGUGGAGGAAUUCAGUUCUUCUUGUCUUCGGUACUCCUCUUCCUCCUUCUUCCUCCAAAAUGUCAACAGUUACAGAAUGAUCUUUUUUUUGUCCCAAUAAUGAAUUGUUCGGUGUUAUUGCUUGCUAUCUUCCUGUACCUUUGACCUUUUGAUGCUGGUUCAAAAAAAAUAAAAAAAUAAAUAACACAGAAGAACAAUAAUAGCCAAACUUUAAGGGAUGAAUUCUAACUUCUACUUAAGUCUAUCUUUCACUGACUCUCCCAUUGACGUCAAUGCACGGCCAAGUGAAAAUUCGACAUGAGUCCCUAGUUAGGAUAUACCCCAAGCUAAGAUGUAAUACAUUAAAAUAAUAAGUAUUUUCAAAGGGCAAUCGUGUUUUACUGUUUGUAUCCAUUGAAAACAAAAUAAUAUGUAAAUGUCGAUUUAGAAAAUGUAUGUAUGUAUGUAUGUAUGUAUGUAUGUAUGUAUGUAUGUAUGUAUGUAUGUAUGUAUGUAUGUAUGUAUGUAUGUAUGUAUGUAUGUAUGUUUGCUUUUGUGUGUAUUAAAAAAAACAACAUGAGCAUUAAGAUACAAGAUUGUAUUUGAUGGGAAAUGUUUUGAUGUUCUUGAAGUUUACUGAUCAUGAUAGUAACAUCAAGAUAUUUUUGAAAAAAUAAAAUGAUGAUACAAACCGUU